GUCUCUCUUAUCUCAGCCCUCCAGAAACUUCUGUCUGUAGCUCUGUUAUAAGAACAGCCGUGUUCCUCCGUCGGUGUAACCAGUGAAGGUUCUGCUACAAACACUUCUGCUACAAACACCAGUAGGUUGACACAAUGGUCCACGAAACCGGCUUCUACGACCUGCUGGGUGUGAGUCCCACAGCCUCUCAGGAGGAGCUGAAGAAAGCCUACAGAAAGCUGGCCCUGAAGUAUCACCCCGACAAGAACCCCAACGAAGGAGAGAAGUUCAAGCUCAUAUCUCAAGCAUAUGAGGUGCUGUCAAAUCCAGAUAAGAGAACGCUGUAUGACCAAGGAGGAGAACAAGCAAUCAAAGAGGGAGGCAUGGGUGGAGGAACUUCCCCGAUGGACAUGUUCAACAUGUUCUUUGGAGGUGGAGGAAGGAUGCAGAGAGAGAGAAGAGGGAAGAAUGUUGUCCACCAGCUUAGUGUUACAAUGGAGGAGAUGUACAAAGGCAGCACCAGGAAGCUUGGACUUCAAAAGAGUGUAAUUUGUGAAAAAUGUGAAGGUUAUGGUGGUAAGAAAGGUACCUUGGAGAAGUGCUCAACUUGCAAAGGAAGAGGAGUACAAGUCAGGGUGCAACAGAUCGGGCCAGGAAUGAUACAGCAGAUCCAGAGCAUGUGUGCAGACUGCCAAGGACAGGGCGAGAAAUUCAAUGCUAAAGACCGCUGCAAGAACUGCAAUGGACGCAAAGUAGAACGCAAGAAGAAGAUUCUUGAAGUUCACAUUGAUAAAGGUAUGAGAGAUGGUCAGAAAAUAACAUUCACUGGAGAAGGGGACCAGGAACCUGGAUUGGAGCCCGGAGAUGUAAUAAUUGUCCUGGAUCAGAAGGAGCACCCCGUGUUCCAGAGAAAAGAACAUGAUUUGUCAAUGAAGAUUAAAAUCAAACUUGCCGAGGCUCUGUGUGGUUUCAAGAAGACCAUUCAAACAUUAGACGACAGAAUACUCAUCAUUAGCUCACAGCCAGGUGAAGUGAUCAAGCACAGUGAGGUCAAAAGUGUUCAGAAUGAGGGCAUGCCAAUUUACAAGGAACCGUUUGAAAAGGGACAGCUUUUCAUUCAUUUCCAGGUGGAAUUUCCAGAGACUGGCUGGCUUCCAGAGCAUCUCAUGUUCCAGCUGGAAAGACUACUUCCUCCCAGGGAGGAAGUGAUGAUUACUGAUGACAUGGAGGAGGUGCAACUCUGUGAGGUGGAUGUUCGGUCACAACAGAGAAGCAACAGUCGGGAGGCUUAUGAUGGGGAUGAAGAGGGUCCAAGAAGCGGAGUGCAAUGUCAGACGCAGUAAUCAUAAAAAAGACAUUUGUUGUAGUGCAUGUGGGUCGUUUAUUUUUUUCUCUUUUCUUUUGUGAACAUGCUUUUAAAGUUCUGUUUUUCACAGAGUAAUAUAAUGCAAACAAGUAACGUUAGGUUUAAAACGGUUGCCAAGGCCAUUUUUGAGGACUCUUCUGGUACACAAAUAUGCAAGUGGACAUUUGAUUUGUGUUCCCCAAGUUAUCAAAGCUGUAUUUUGGUUCACCGUUUUAUGUUUGGUAUUGAAGAUCCAUGUCUUUUAUAUCUGUGUAUGUGUUUCCUAAGAAUUAUAUGGCACAUAUAUUUUCAGAAGCUCAAAGGACUUCUAUGCUUUCUGUGAAGGUAAUUUCAAUCGUGACAGUUUUUUUUUCUCAAUAAAAGUCCCAAAAUGCUUCAA